CGCAGGCAGGCGCCGCACGCAGCACUGCACCAACUAACUCGCCCCACGCGCCGCCGCGGAAUUGGUUGCCGGCCAUGGAGACGGACGCCACCGCCUUCUACCCGCCGCCGCCCGCCCACCAGCGCCACCCCACGGCCGCGCAGCCGCUCUCGGCGAAACCUCCUGCCGGCGGCGCGGGGCGAGCCGCGGCGGGGCGGCAGUACCGCGGCGUGCGGAUGCGCAAGUGGGGCAAGUGGGUGGCCGAGAUCCGGGAGCCCAACAAGCGGUCGCGGAUCUGGCUCGGCUCCUACGCCACCGCCGUCGCCGCCGCGCGCGCCUACGACACCGCCGUCUUCUACCUCCGCGGCCGCUCCGCGCGCCUCAACUUCCCCGACCAGCUCCUCGACGGCGCCGCCUCGGUCGCCGCCGGCCCCGGGGACCUCAAGGAGGGCGGGCUCUCCGCCGCGGCGAUACGGAAGAAGGCGGCCGAGGUCGGCGCGCGCGUCGACGCGCUGCAGUCCUGCGGUGGCGGCUCUCCGGUCUCCCCGCCCCCGCCUUCGCCGUCCUGCCGCCGCGGCCGGGCCAAGCACCCCGACCUCAACCGCGAGCCCACCCCCGACACCGACGACGACGAGUGAACUGUAAACCCACCCCGCCGACUCUUCUUCGUCUUCUUCAAUCCCCCACCACCACCUACCUAGUGCUUAAUUAGUCGGCCAGGCGAGUAGCAGCUAGCUAGCUAGCAGUAGCAGAGUAUGGGUAAUCAAGCAGAUAGUAGUCCAGUGCAACCAGAUAAGUAUGGGGAAGCAUGGAUCCGACACGCAAGGUGUUCGGCGAAAUGCGGGCGAGCUCGGGAAACAACCCAAUCAAUCAGCCAAAUCAAUAAUGGAGCCGCGACAUCGCCGUCGGUCGGCCAAAGUAGGGGCCUAGGCUACCAGUUAAUCACCGUCCGUCCGUCGUCGCCCAUCAGGUCGGAAGCGGCGAAGUAGCGGCAGCUGGAGGUAGGAGACAUGGAGUGUGCGUGCGUGAGUGUGUGCGUGGGCGGUGUAGCUAAGGCGAAGCGCGUGGCCUUCACAUAAGAGUGUUGUUUGUUUGUAAAGGAAGAAAGAAUACCGGCAAACAAAGGCUUCAAACAAUCUUUCCAUGCA